AUGGCGGAGCAGUCCCUGUCCUCCUCCCCACCACCAGCAGCUGCGGGAGGAGGAGGGUCCGGCGGCAGCUCGUCGGUGCGGCCUCCCGCCGUCUACACCAUCGGCUACGCGAUGCUGCCCAACAAGCAUGACACCUUCGUCCAGCCGUCGUUCAUCGACCUGGCAGCGCAGCACGGCAUCCGGUGCGUGGCCGUCGACGCGUCCAGGCCGCUCGUGGAGCAGGGCCCCUUCGACCUCGUCGUCCACAAGCUCUAUGGCCAGCCGUGGCGCGCGCAGCUGGAGGCCUACUCGGUGCUCCACCCUGACAUCCCCAUCAUCGACCCGCCCGCCAACAUCGAGCGCAUCCUCGACCGCCUCACCAUGCUCGACGUCGUGUCCGGGCUCGACUCCGUGGCCGUCCCCAGGCAGGUCAUCGUCCACGACGCCGGGGCCCCGCUGCAGCUGGUCGACGACGACGCCGUCCUCGGCGACCUCCGGUUCCCGCUCAUCGCCAAGCCCGUGGAGGCGGACGGGAGCGCCGCGUCCCACAACCUCUGCCUCGUGUACCGCCGCGAGGGCCUGCGCGGCCUCCGCGCGCCGCUCGUGCUGCAGGAGUUCGUCAACCACGGCGGCGUGCUCUUCAAAGUGUACGUGGUGGGCGACCACGCCACGUGCGUGACGCGGAGCAGCCUGCCGUACGUGCCACACGAGCGCCUCCAGGACCUCACCGCCGACGCCGCGGUCCCCUUCGCCAACAUCUCCCUCCUCGCGCCCACUACCGCGGUCGGCGACGAGAGCGCCAAGGUGCCACCGCCACAGGAGUUCGUCGACAAGGUCGCCCGCGAGCUCGGGCGGGCAGUGGGCUUGCACCUCAUCAACUUCGACCUCAUCCGGACGAUGGACGCUCAAGGAGACGCCAAGUACCUCGUCCUCGACAUCAACUACUGCCCGGGAUACUCUAAAAUGCCCGGUUUUGAGCCGGUCCUCACUGAAUUCUUCUUGGAGAUGCUUCGCAGCAGACCUGUUCGUGAUGACCGGCCUGGACCGGGCGCUGGCCUAGGCGUUGAUGAGGCACGCAAGGCAGAGGCCGAGCCCACCAGCGUCAUCCCGUCAGGUGCGGAGCCGAGGCAGCUGGUUCAGGCCUAA